CCUCCGAAUGCGAUUCGCGCUGUGCUUUGUAUAGGCAUGCUCUCGGCGUGCAUCAGAGCUUGCUUCCGAUCGCGAUCAUGCCACUCCAUGACGCAUCUUGAUCAAUUGCCCUCUGCUCGAUGUCUCAACCUGCUAUCAGCGACUCGAACAAUCGUGAUUCGUGUGUUUGCAUUCAUGUGCAUAUCCGCCGCGACGUGUUUUGACGUUAGCAUGGGAACUUGUUCUUCAAGCACACCGUCAAGCAAGCAAGACGCCAAGCUCAUCUCAAAGCCAUGCAGUGACUCUCAAAUCACUUGCUGAUCCUUCAUCAGCACCUCUUGCUCAAUGAGCCAGACAGGAUAGGCAGGCGACGAAAGAGGAUAGAAGGAUUUUUUUUAUUUUUUUUUUUCGAACUUGGGCAUUCCAAUCAGUGACUUAUCGUCGCGAGCAAAGGAGUACGGAAAAGCAAUUUGCAA